UCUUUCCCGCAGCUAUCCUGCAAGGGGCAGCCUUUCAGCCCAACAGAGACAUCUGUGCCAACUACGGCGCCAUUGGCGCAGUCAUAGGCCACGAAUGCACUCACGGGUUCGAUGACCAGGGCAGGCAAUUCGACCACUCCGGCAAUAUGACCAACUGGUGGACCGAGAAGGACACGGAUAGGUGG